AUGGUGAACAUCUGGACAAUUUCUCUUUUCCUGCUGGGAGCAGCCAAAGGAAACGAAGUUUGCUAUGAUUCUAUUGGGUGCUUCUCUGACUCUGAGCCCUGGGCUGGGACUGCAAUCAGGCCCUUGAAAAUUCUCCCCUAGAGCCCGGAGAAGAUUGGCACCUGCAUCCUGCUCUACACCAAUAAGAACCCAAACAACUUUCAAAUUCUCCAUUCCUCUGAUCCAUCAAUGAUUGAGGCGUCCAAUUUCCAAACAGACAAGAAGACCCGGUUCAUCAUCCAUGGCUUCAGAGACAAGGGAGAUGAGAGCUGGCUGGUGGCCAUGUGCAAGAACAUGUUUGAGGUAGAGGAGGUGAACUGCAUAUGUGUGGACUGGAAGAAAGGCUCCCAGACCACCUACACUCAGGCCCCCAACAAUGUGUGUGUGGUGGGCGCCCAGAUGGCCCAAAUGCUGGCCAUGCUCAAGUUGAACUACAGCUACUUACUUUUCCACCUCAUUGGCCACAGCCUGGGGGCCCAUGUGGCGGGAGAGGCAGGGAGAAAAACUCUAGGCCUGGGCAGGAUUACAGGAUUGGAUCCUGCAGAAGCAAAUUUCGAGGGUACUCCUGAAGAGGUCUGACUCGACCCCUCCGACACUGGCUUUGUUGAUGUGAUUCACAUGAAUGCAGCUCCCCUGAUCCCAUUCAUAGGCUUUGGAACGAAACAACAGGUGGGUCACCUUGACUUCUUCCCAAAUGGCAGAGAGGAAAUGUCCGGAUGCAGGAAGAGUGCCCUGUCACAGAUCGUGGACCUAGAUGGCAUCUGGGCAGGAACCCGGGACUUCAUCGCUUGCAAUCACCUGAGAAGCUAUAAGUACUACUCAGAGAGCAUCCUCAGUCCCAAAGGAUUCACCGCAUACCCCUGUGCUUGCUACAGGGACUUUGAGUCUAACAAGUGCUUCCCCUGUCCAGAUGAAGGGUGCCCACAGAUGGGACACUAUGCUGACAGAUUUGCUGGCAAGACACGUGAGGAGCAGCAGAAGUUCUUCCUGAACACAGGAGAUCCCAGCAAAUUUGCUCGCUGGAGAUAUGGCGUUUCUGUAACACUGUCUGGAAGAACAGCCACUGGUCAAAUCAAAGUUGCUUUGUUUGGAAAUAAGGGAAACACUCGUCAAUACAAUGUCUUCAAUGGGAUUAUCAAACCAGGCUCCACCCUUUCCAGUGAGUUUGACGCAGAUAUUGAUGUUGGAACAAUUGAGAAAGUCAAGCUUCUUUGGAAUAACAACGUGGUAAACCCAACCCUCCCCAAAGUGGGUGCAGCCAAGAUCACCAUGCAGAAGGGAGAGGGAAAGACCGAACACAGAUUCUGCAGUGAAGACACCGUGAGCGAAGAUAUCCUGCUCACUCUCGUGCCCUGUUAA